AUGCCCAUCUGCAGCUUGAUCAGUAGGAUCUUCUUUUGCCGACGCAAUAGGGUCGCUGCUGAUAGGCUGCUUGAGCCACCUCAGGCGCCAGAAGCUCCUGAGGGAACACCAUCGAGCACCAGUAGCUCUACCUCUGUGGACAGCAGAGGCACUUUGAGAUUAGGCCAAAUUGAGAGAGAGGUGCUCUGGGUAUUGCCUACGCCCACUGGUUGCUUCUUUGGGCACGAAGGAUUACAACCACCUCCCUGCACUCAAGAUCUCAGGUGGUACUGCAUUUGGGACAUUCCCGGUGUGGGCCGCUGGCGCAUUGCCGGGGUUCAUUGGGGAGUUGGAGUCAAAGCAUACGCUGCUAUUCUCCAUCUUCACAGAGGUGAGUUCAAAGGCAUUGCUUUCAGGAGAUUUGAUACAAGGGAGGAGGCAGUUUGCGCUUUUGAGGAGGAAGCGCACAAGUGGGAUCUUUCCCCACGCCUGAGCCAGCGCGUACAGAACCCAUGGAUCCAAUCACUGGUGCGAUGCACUGCGGAAGAGAUCAGCAAGACUGGCCUCUCGCAUGUCGAGCACCAGGGAGUCACCUUUUGCCUAGUCGAGUCAGAGUUCAGCAACCUUGUCGGAGGAUGCCCAGAGGCCGCUAUGAUGCUGGACACCGACCUCAAGGCACUGAUGAAGCUGGGAGUCACUGUUGUGCAGUCCGACGAAGAUCUGACAUAUGCAACAGCAGCACGGCCUCGAAAAACUCAAAUCGCGCCUUCGGAGCAAACCGAAGACAGCUCAGAGGAAGAGGGCAUGGAUGCAAUGUCCAAGCUGAAAAAGAGCUGGCUAGGCUUUGGUAUGGGAGACGAAAAGACAGAGGAGCACAGCGGCCUGGUUCCUGAUCGGCGCCACCAGAAGAGGUUCGCUCUGCUGGACAAGGAGAGCAAGAACCGUGGUUCGAAAAGCUCGAGCUCCCAGUUGCAGGAGCAAGCUCUCCAGGUUGCAAUGAAGAGCGAAGACCCAUUGAAAGGCCUUCUUGCGCUUCAGAUCAUGAACAUGGAGAAGAAGAAGAAGGGCAAGCAACGGAAGCACAAGUCAGAGACAAGCUCGAGUUCUUCAGGGAGCGACACGUCGAGCGAGGACGACGACACCAACAAGCUGCUAAAAGGCCACUCCAAAGCGGUCCACAAUUAUCAGCUGUCUGGCAAGAAGAUGUUUGCCCAGCCCUUGAAGUACGUGAAGAAGUACGUCAAGGACCUCGAACGGGAACUUGGAGCCCAAGACCGACCGUUCAGAGUGGUCGAUCAGAAUCGCCGGAUUGCCUUCGGUCGCCAGCGCAACCUUCAGAGGUGUCACUACCUCAUGGGGCUUGUGCUGGAGCUGCUUUUGAAGAACAAGCCCGAGAAGGCAGCCUUGCAAUGCACCCUGGCAUUGCAAGCAAUGCAUCAAGCAGCAUUGGACCAAGGGGAAUGGACAGUUGCGUGGCUGAUCACGCACCAAGAAGACCCAUUUUCCAAGAAGCAAUUGGGAGGAGACCCAGGGGUUCUUCAACAUGUCACGACAUACCUGAAGUCGAUGCACGAGCUUCAACAAUCCACAGAGAGCAUCCGCAAGAAGGGCGGUGGAAAAGGAAAUGCCGACGAUGCCGGCGAUCAGAACCAGAACAAGGAAGGGAAGGGCAAAGGCCGCAGAGGCAAGGGCACCAAAGAGAAGACCGUCGACAAGGACAACACCGAGGGGCCCGGCGUAGGGCACGGAGACGAGGCCGGAGCGAAGCUUGGUGCUAUGCUGAAAUGUUGUGGGCAUAUUUCACAUUCCUUCAUGGAGGUGCGACCAGCAACUCGUGUUGCCAAACCGGUGAAGCCUGAAAGGAUGUCCUUACCCUCUGUGGCAGGUAUCAUCGAACCCAGCCACUUUUUGAAAGGCCAUCACCUCGACAGUUUCAACGCCAUGGCAACCGAGAUUCCACAUGGAAUUGAACCCGACAACCCCACAGUAGGUUGCUUCAAGGUGGAACCAGAAGACUUGCAUGCUGUUAAUAGGAAAUUACUCACUAGCGGUGUGGCCGCGUUGAUUCCCGAAGAGCUUGCCAUGCGGGAUAGCCGAGGUAACAUAAUUUCUGGGGGCUUGUUUGCGGUUGACCACAAACCAACUAGUGACAGGGUAAUCCUCGACCGUAGACCCUUCAACGAGUUAGAACGUAGACUAGUUUGGGCACGGUUGCCACAUGGAUCCCUUUUAACUCAGUUGAUAGUCCCUAAGGGUUAUUCCAUUAGAGGCAGUGGUGAUGAUUUGAGCAAUUACUUCUAUCUUCUUAAGCAUAGGCCCGAUUGGUUACAUCGCAACACCGUAGGCCAAUCAUUCGAUGGCGAGGGCUAUGAGGAGUUUGGUGGGGUAAAAGGCAAAAAGUUCCUACUCUCUUUCCAAGUCAUUGCAAUGGGCGACCUUAAUGCUGUUGACAUAGCACAGCAAGUGCACCUUGAAAUACUGAGGGAUGGACAGUGUAUGGCUCCCAAUGAAUGCAUCGAGUUUAAACACCCUUUGCCUGCAUCUCACACUCUUGAAGGGUUGUACAUUGACGACCACAUCAUCACACAAAUCUUACCCUCUAAGAAAAAUAGACCACCAAAGAUGAAGUAUAGGGAUGAGGAGCUGCUAGAAAACAGCCGGCGCCAAUAUGCCCGACACUCGAUUCCCACGUCAGAUAGCAAAGCCUUCAGCAAGGCCUCAAACUUCGUGGCGUGGGGCACAGAGGUUGACAGCCGCAGCGGAAGAGAUACUUUCUUAUGGAUUGAGAGUUUGGGUGAUGAAGACCGUAAACCACUCCCCACUUCAGUUCGCGAAGAACUUUUGAGCUGCGGCCUUGUGUUGCCGCUGUGCCAUUCCAACAUCCGUUGGCCAAUCUCGUGUAGACUCGGAGCCAGUGAUGCUUCACUUUCACAUGGUGGCAGGGCAGCCACCUUAGUCACACCUGCAAUCGCUCAGACUUUAUACAGAUAUGCCGAACACAAGGGCGAGCACGUGAGAUUAGAUUGGGCCCGUGGUGCAGUCCAGCCACCCAGUGAAAUGCGUCAGGCUCCACAAGAGCUUGAAGAGCUAGUUGCAGAUCUCCCUUGGAACAAGACCGAAACCUGUAGUUUCGCUCAUCGUCAACACAUAAACAUCUUAGAAGCACGAAUGAUUCACAGAGAGCUCAUGGAUCUUGUUCAUCAGUCAUCCCAGCCUCUUCGAGCCGUUUUGUUAGUUGACUCCCGAGCGGCGGCGGGUGCUUGGUCGAAGGGCCGCUCUUCAGCCAGAAAUCUUAACAGAGUACUCAGGCAAGCGUUAGGCUGGACACUUGAGAUCUUAGGAAGUGAGUUAAAUGAAUAUAGGACACGCCAUUCCAACCGAGAUAUCUGGAGGAAGGUCAAGCAGCAAGGAUCCGACCAAACUGUGCAUGAAGCCACCACUCCUGCGGAUGUUCCCCGUCCGUGUUCCACAGAUCGGAAAACAGCAGUCCGGACCGCAGCCUCAGAACAUCCUGCGUCAAAGAAGUGGACAUUCAGAGAAGUGUUCGCAGGUGCGGAGCUGGCUAAACAUGCUGGCUGGAAGUUGCGCUGGAACAAGUACAGCAAGGCAUACCAGCGGAGAUUGCUAGAAGGUGUCACCACACUGAAUGAGUUCUUGCAUACUGCUGGAGUGAAUGUGGAGGUUUUACACAAAGGAAGAUCCAAAGAUGUGGAUGAGAUUCUCGAACAGUUUGUCCGGUCACAGCAUGCCACAGGUCACAGAUCAAGCCUCAGACAGGCCAAACAUGCUGUGCUCAUGAUACAAAUUAUGAGACCCCGGCUGCGACGGUCACUGCAAAGCACAUGGGAAGCUUUGAAGUCGUGGGAGGAAAGUCAACCAGCUAGCUUCAGAGCCCCUAUGCCGCUGGCUCUACUGGCAGCCAUGGUUUGCAGUUCAAGAAUCCGAGCUGAUAGUUGCGCUUCUGACCGAGAGCGUGUGUUAUGGUUCACAUUCUCUGCACUUCUCUUUGUUGGCUUCUUCGGGCUACUUAGACCUGGUGAACUCCUGAACAUUGCAGGCAGAGACGUUAGCCUGCCUAACUCCCUGACAAUGGGAAGCUGCUUCGCUGUAGUCAAGAUUGCAAGACCAAAAAAUGCGAGGCAGAUGGGAGUUCAGCAGUUCAUCGAAGUGCGACACCCUGACGCCAUCAACUGGUUGUCAUGGUUGAAGGCAACUCAUUUAGAUGAUCGCCCCUUUUGGCAAAGUACAUCCAACAGGUUUCGCCAUAUGUUCAAGCAGAUUUGUGGCACUCUUCAGAUUAGUCAGCUGCAGCUUUCUCCCGCCUCUCUCCGUGCGGGGGCUUGUCGAUGA